AUGUCCAAAGUAGUUAUCACUAGAGUAUUACCUCCUCAAACCCAAGCGCGUUUACUUUCUCAGGGAUUUAACAUAGUUCAAUGGCAACAAGAUAACACUAUGCCCCGAGAGGAGUUAUUGAAGGCAGUGCAAGGAGCUGAAGCAUUACUUUGCUUACUUACAGAUAGAAUUGACAAUGAGUUACUCGAUGCUGCAGGCUCACAGCUUAAGGUGAUCGCUACCAUGAGUGUUGGAUAUGAUCAUAUUGAUGUAGAAGCAGUUAAAGCUAGGCGUAUCCUUAUUGGAUACACGCCUGACGUAUUGACUGAUGCCACAGCCGAUCUUACCCUCUUACUCAUUCUUGGUGCUGCUAGAAGGAUUAAGGAAGGUAUUCAAGCAGCAGAGCAUGGCCAGUGGAGAGAAUGGCGUCCGACUUGGUUAUGUGGUUCCCAGCUCACAAACAAGACAGUAGGCAUUGUCGGUUUGGGCCGUAUCGGUGAAGCCGUGGCUCAUCGUUUAAAAGCUUUUGGUGUCUCCCGCAUCGUUUACACAGGUCGACAAAGAAAGAUGGACAUAGAAGAUAGAACCAAGGCCGAGUUUGUCACAUUUGAUCACUUACUUGCAGAUUCUGAUUUUGUUGUCGUUUGCUGUGCAUUAACCAAAGAAACGAGACACAUGUUCAAUUAUGAAGCAUUCUCAAAAAUGAAGAAAACAGCGGUAUUUGUCAAUUCAGCUCGCGGUGGCAUUGUUGAUCAAGAGGGUCUUGUCAAGGCACUAGAAGAGAAUCUGAUUGGAGCUGUAGGGUUAGAUGUUACUGAUCCAGAGCCUUUGCCUCCAUCCCAUAAACUCUAUUCAUUUCCAAACUGCCUUAUCCUUCCUCACAUAGGAAGCGCUACUUUGGAAACAAGGGAAAAAAUGGCUAGUAUGGCACUUGAUAACAUCUUGUCUGCACUUAAUAAUCAACCUCUACCUUAUUCUGUAUAA